GUGAUUGGCUGAAACGCUUUCCCAUACAGCGCCGUAUAAUUCCAGCAUGUAGGAUUAAUAACUCAUUAAAAUCAAGUUUUAAACUGUUAUGUUUAGGGAAUUUACGUCUAUGAGUAAAAUAAAUGGAUUAUUUUCGAUCAUUUGAGUUUAAAAAUGAACUUUAAUUCCAAACUUUACCCUCGAGGCCUCUAACAAUAGGCAGAGCUGGAUCUAUUCAGCUGUAAAAGCGCCUGUUUGUGGAGUUUGUGGGCUUUGCUGCGAGAACAGCAGGGAAGAGACUCGUCCAGCAGUGAACACCAUUAUCUGCCUUUUUUAUAAUUUACGGUUUUACGUGUAGCCCACGCCGCGUGGACCCUCCUUCGUGGUUUGUCAGGAAUGUUCAUGUAUCGCAUUGAUAACACGGGUGUGUGUUUGGUUUGUGACAUGUGAGUAAACCGAUAUGGUGGAGUAACCCGGCGGAAUGAGGACAGGAGACUACCAUGGUGAGUGAACAACAACGACGUUUCUUUUUAUUAUUUAAUUUAAGUUUUUUUUUAUCUGUUUUUUCUUAGGUGUACAGCUGUAAAACACGUGGAACUACCUUUAAUUAUAACUUUUUAAUUUGUCUGUUGAUUCCAAAACAAGCAGUCAUAUAAAACUGCUCUGUUGUAUUUCUUAUAAAUACAUUAAAUUAAAGAUUAAUUUAAAGCAAAAUACAACCACACAUUAUACAUUUACAUGAGAAAAACUCUAAGCAGACACAUUUUACCUAUUUUUCACUCUCAUGUCACCUGUCAUGUGACUUUCCAGAACAAUUCUGUUUUGUUGUCUCCCACCUUUAUGUUGACAACAGUGUUGACAGGCUGUUGUAGUGCCAUGUUUUACACCUGUUGAGAAAAUGUUCAUGUGUUGGUAGGGCUUGGCGUAAGGGAAAAAGUUUAUCAUGAUAUGUAUUUUUUCAUAUCAGUCGAUAUCGAUAUAUAAAAAAAGAGAUUUACAGUGUUUAUUGGUAGCAUGUCAUUUGCAAUACAAUAAUCUCCUGCAUCUGUGAGGUCUUUGUGUCUCUUUGACAUUUUGUCGUAAGGCGUUGUGCUAGAGAAAGUGGACUGAAUGUUCGGCUGUUUUGGCUCCUUGCUCCGGUCGGGGUUUGUAACCUUUUGCGUUGCGCGUGUUCUGCCGCGUGGCACCGUUUCAGGUGGUGAAAAAAAAAUUGAGGUAUUCCCAGACUUUGCGAGAACAUGUCAAAAAAACAAACUACCUCCACACCACCGACGUUUUCGUGCCAGUGUUGUCGGAGAUGUUGUCACCUGUUGAGCCUUCAUCGUCAUUUCUGCUGGGGGUAGCACUCAUUUUCUUUUUUUCACGUUAAAGCGCUAUGGUUGUGUGUAGCUGCUGUCUGCUACUAAGCUGUUGUUUGCUACUUGGUUCUAAUUCAGCACAUGAUUGGUUCAGUAUGAAGCGGACCUGGAGCAAGUCCCCUUUUCAUUUGUUAUUGAUAUAGUCUACCAAAACAUGGCAGAAUGCCAACUAUAUAUUGACCAUGUUUAUAUCGAUAUUGUGAGAAAUUAAUUUUUGAUAUAUAUAUCGUUAUCAUUUUAUCGCCCAGCCCUAUGUGUUGGUGUGGGUCACAGUCAGUUCAUCCCUUUAGUUAUUAAUAAAUAAAAUAUGUGUAUAUUGAUUAAAUUGAAGAGCAGAGUUGUGUUUUUAUUUGCCACAUCCAGACAGACUCAGACGCGUCGACACAAAGUGGAGGUUAUGAUGUGGAGCUGUUUGUGGACACUCCAGACUACGACCUGAUCUGCACUAUAUGCCAGGGUGUCCUCAGGUGUCCAGUGAGAGCUGCAUGUCACCACAUCUUCUGCAAGAAAUGCAUCUUACAGUGGCUGAAGAGGUACUGAAUACUACAAAAAUACACACAACUUUUUAGGAUUAUUAAAGAUAAUCUGGACUGAGACUACCUGCUAUUUUUCUUCCAUAGGCAGGAGACCUGCCCCUGCUGCAGGAAGCCUGUGAAUCCCAGCUUAAUCUUUGUCAUGUUCAAACUGAGCAAAUCUAUCGGACGCAUGAAGAUCAAGGUAGGCUAAUAAUAAUAACUUUUUUAUAGCACUUUUAAAAACAUAAAAUAGGUAAGAAAGUAUCUAUUAUAGCUACAAGCUUUUUCUCAUUCUGGUGGACGAUAAAAGGCAUAAAACAUGUACAGAAAAGUUAAUAAAAAGUCAAUAUUAACCACACCAUGACCAUUAUGUGUACACAUAAAUUACUGUAAAUAAUAUUAUACUUCAAAACCUUUAUUAAAAUGUAUAUAACUCAGUAGUUGAGCUGUAUUUUUCACAGUAAUUAAUGAGAACUUUUACUUUUUAUUUAAUCUUCAAUGUCUCUUUUCACAUCACUUUCAGCUACUUUAUAAUUUUACUGUAAUAUUGACCUCAGUAAAUAUUUGGCUUCUUCCUCAGUCAACUUACCUAGUCUCCAAUAUUUAAGAUAAUUCCCUAAUGCUCUCCCUCACUGUCCAUUUUUAAAACCCGGCUAAAAACCCACUUUUACUCCUUGGCUUUUGACCCAGCAUGAGACGGCAUUUGUUUUAUUGCUUUUAUUAUAUUUUAAAACAACUAUUUAUUGUUGUUUUAUGUUUUUAUGUUAUUAUGUACCACACUUUGUGUCAGCUUUGGUUGUAUUUAAAGUGCUCUCUAAAAAAAGUUGAGUUGAGUGUCAAGCAGAAAUCCGUGAAUGACUCAUUUUGAAGCCAAUGAUCUUUUUGUAACUUUCUGUUUCUGGUGUGUUACAGUGUAAGAAUGAGAUCCGCGGUUGUCCAGAGACCUUCCCCCUCUCAGAGCAGUACUGCCACAGCAUGAGCUGCCUGUAUGAGCUCAUCCCCUGUCCUUACCAGGGCUGCCGGGCGCAGCUCCUACGCAGGGACCUGGACACCCACGCGCGCCACUGUGAACACUGGCGUCAGCCCUGCCACAUGGGCUGCGGGACGAUACUCUCCCACCGCACCCAGGCCCAACACAACUGCUACAAACAGCUGAGGCAGGAGUACGAAGCCAGACAGAGGAACCACAGGGCCAUCGCAACCGCCCUGCAGAGGAAGAUGAGGCGGAUGCAGAGCACCAUGGCCCACAUGAAGAGGCAGAUUGGGCUGAUCUGUGAGAGUCUGGAGGUGAUGGAUGACCUGAAUGAAGUGGAGGAGGAGUACCUCGGAGAGAGCAGCGGGACGCCGGGUAGCAACAACAGCAACUGCUGAAGAAAAGUCACAAUUUACUGCUGCUGGUUGGCUACUGCUUUGUAUCAAUCUGCGUGUGUUCACUUUUUUAGCGGUGUGUUUUGUGAAUGUGUAGGUUGGUAUGAGAUUUACUGAGUGACUUUGUUAUAUUGUGCUGUAUUUUUAUCAAUUUUGUAAAUAAAAGUGUUUACUUAC